AUGAAGUACUUCCUUGGCAUGGAGAUAACUCAAGCUGUUGGGGAGAUUUUUGUUUGUCAACAAAGGUAUGCAACCGAGCUUCUCUCAAGGUUUGGAAUGGAGAACUGCAAACCAGUGAAUACCCUUGGUUCCCAACUUGAACAAGUUACUCUCAAGGUUUAUGAGCAACCCAAGGAAUUACACUUUAAAGCUGCCAAACGUGUGUUGAGGUAUGUGAAAGGAACCUGCAUGUUAGGCAUUUGGUUCAGGAAAUCCAAAAGUCUGAAGUUGAUGGGGUACACUGACAGUGACUGGGGUGGAUCCCUGGAUGAUGCAAGAAGCACCCUGGAAGCAGGAAACCGGCUCAGUCCUGCUGAAGCUGAAUAUGUAUCUGCGCAGCCAGCUGCUUACAUAGUUUUUUUAGGAUCAUAUCCCAACCGUAGAGACAAUACGGCUACUGAUCAUGAUAAUGCCGUUAGGUAUCAUCAAGAAAUUCUAGGAUCAUGCUUGGGAAGUUUGAAGAAGGCAAAAAGCUCAAUCUUUUACUCGUAUAACCGAUUUAUCAAUGGCUUCGCCGCAAACCUUGCCGAAGAUGAAGUACCGAAAGUCAGGAAUCACCCAAAAGUUCUAUCAGUUUUCUUGAGUAAAGGAAGGAAAGUUCAGAAUACAAAUUCAUGGGGUUUUCUUGGAUUAGAGAAAGGCUCGGACAUUCCUUUAAACUCGGCAUGGAAGAAGGCGAGGUUUGGUGAAGAUGUAAUUAUAGGAAACCUUGACCAUGGCGUUUGGCCGGAAUCAAAGAGCUUCAGUGAUGAAGGAAUGGGUCCAGUGCCAAAGAAGUGGCGAGGAAUCUGUCAGACUAACAAAAGGGAUGGAAUUCAAUGCAACAGGAAGUUGAUCGGAGUAAGGUAUUACAAUAGAAAUUAUCUUCAAAUGGCUCGAAGGUUCGCUCGCAGACACAAUUCAACCUAUGUUCCCACUCCAAAGGUUAUUACUGCACGCGACUACAAUGGCCAUGGCACACACACUCUAUCAACAACUGGUGGAAACUUUGUUCCUAAUGUAAGUGUUUUUGGGCAAGGCAAUGGAGUUGCGAAGGGUGGAGCACCUAGAGCUCGUGUUGCGUCAUAUAAGGUAUGUUGGGACCCGAUUGAAGGUGCGGGCGAGUGCUUUGAUGCAGAUCUCAUGGCGACCAUCGAAGCUGCAAUCAGUGAUGGUGUUGAUAUCCUUUCUGUGUCACUCGGUGGAUUACCAAAUGAAUAUAUUCAAGAAUCACUUUCAAUCGGUUGUUUUCAUGCUGUUAAAAGCGGCAUUCUUGUGGUUGCUGCUGCUGGAAACUCUGGACCGGCUCCUUUAACCGUUUCAAAUGUGGCUCCGUGGAUGUUUACUGUUGGUGCUAGCACAACUAGUAGACAGUUUGUAAAUUAUAUUACACUUGGCAACAAGAAGGUCAUCAAGGGAUUUAACAUUUCGGAAAAAGGUUUGGAACCUCAAAAGUUCUAUCCAAUGAUUACUGGAGUAGAUGCUAGGCUUCCUAAUGCAACCGUUGAGGAAGCCUGUGCUUGCUUCCCCGACACCCUUGAUCGAACCAAAGUUCAAGGAAAAAUCUUGGUUUGCCUUCGGGAAGAUACGUCAGCUCUUCAAUUCGGCAUGUUUGUUGUCAUGGCCGGAGCUUCUGGGGUUAUUUUGGCCAACAGCGAAAACAUGGGAUACGAAAUUUCAAGCGAACCUCACAUUAUCGCAGCUUCAAUGGUCAACUCCGUAGAUGCUGAUUCUAUAUUCGCCUAUAUGAAAUCUACCAAGUCUCCAGUUGCGCAAAUAAGUGAAGUAAAAACAGAAUUUGAUGAUAACUCAACUCCAUCAAUGGCUCCAUUUUCAUCUAAGGGACCUAAUAAAAUUGAUUCAGCUAUCCUGAAGCCUGAUGUUACCGCUGGAGUGGAUAUAAUUGCUGCUUUCAGUGGUGCAACUCCAGCAACUAAGUUGGAAGAUGACAAUCGUCUGGUUCCUUAUCUUCCCCUAUCCGGUACUUCAAUGGCAUGCCCUCAUGUUUCUGGCAUUGCCGCUCUUGUCAAAACUCUCCACCCAGACUGGAGCCCCGCUGCUAUUCGAUCUGCAAUAAUGACUACUGCUACUACAAGUGACAGAAGUUGGCGUCCAAUUUUAGAUUACAACAAAACUGAGGCAUCCCCAAUUGCAUAUGGUGCCGGACAUGUGAAUCCAAAUAAUGCAUUGGAUCCUGGCCUUGUUUAUGACUUGAAUCCUGAAAAUUACUUGAACUACUUAUGUGCCCAUGGAUACAAUGAUAGCCUCUUUAGAUCUUUUACAAUCUCGGACAAAACUUACUCAUGUCCUCAGUCAUUUAGAAUGGAAGACUUCAAUUACCCUUCAAUUUUAAUUCCUAAACUCAAGGGCCCAAGCAAGAACACCCGACAUCAUAAGAAUGUCGGUUCACCUGGAACAUAUAAUGUGAGCUUCAAGGCACCAGCUAGAAUUUCCAUUUCUGUUCAACCAACUACUUUGAAGUUUGAAAAAUAUGGCGACGAGAAGAAAUUUGAAGUGACGUUUAAUCUUGUGGGUAAUACUACUGCUAAUCAGGACUAUGCUUUUGGGGAACUGACAUGGUCCGAUGGCACUCAUUCUGUAAGGACUCCUAUUGUAGUGAAUCUAUAG